CUUCACCAUACUUAAAUAAUCCUUUCGUUUGCACCUUCAACACCGGAUAAGAACCAUCGGUGGUGAUACGCGACCACAAUGGCCGCCGAAAUUACCAAUGUCAGCGACAUUGACUUCAUCCAAACCCCCGCAGCCAAACCCUCGAUGUUUAAGACCGAGGACUGCGGAGUGCCGUUGACAAAUUCCGCAGCCAUUCAUAAUGGCCCUCUCCCAGCGGAUGGGCCUGGUAAUGAGAGCUUCUCCAACACUCUCUUAGUCGGGGCGCUCGUCGCCGUCCCCGGUUUCCUGACUUAUGUACUCGGCGGUGGAGUAAAAACGGCCAUUGGCCUUGCGCUGAUCAUGGCUUUGCCAAUUCUCGUGGUCUUCUGGACUUGGGCCUCGUCCUGCAGCCCGCGCACCAACGAAAAGGUCAAAAUGCCAGGUCGGCCAAUUGAAGAAUACGUGACUUUCAAGAACGAGGAGGAUCGGAUGAAAUGGCAUGGUCGGAACCGCGUUCCCCUGCAAACAUUCUGCGAAAUGUACCUCGACGGCCAGGUCGAUUUCAACGGAGAUUGUCUCGACAUCAUGGAAUACCGCCACGAUUGGGCCAGUUUCCGCUUCACCUGGCAGCUCUUCAAGUUCAUUGUCUUUACGUUCUUUCGGGACAUCUUGCUCCACACCAAAUCCCAAGACGAAGACCAGAUCCGUCCCAACUACGACCGCGGAAACGAUCACUAUGCCUGGUUCCUUGGUCCCCGCAUGGUCUACACAUCCGGGAUCAUCUCGGACACCGAGAAAGAAGAGACCCUAGAAGAAAUGCAGGACAAUAAGAUGGCGGUCGUUUGCGAGAAGCUCAACCUCAAGGAAGGCGAGACCCUCCUCGACAUUGGCUGCGGCUGGGGCACGCUGGCGAAAUUUGCGAGUCUGAACUACGGAGCCAAGGUCACCGGCCUCACUAUCGCGCGACACCAAACGGCAUGGGGCAAUGACGCUCUCCGCCAGGCUGGUGUCCCGGAGUCGCAGAGUCGCAUUCUGUGUAUGGAUUACCGGGACAUCCCCCGGACGCGGUACGAUAAGAUCACGCAGCUGGAGAUGGGCGAGCAUGUUGGCAUUCGCAAACUCACGACCUUCUUCCGCCAGUGCUACGACAUGCUUAACGAUGAUGGUUCUAUGUAUGUGCAGCUGUCUGGACUCCGACAGGCGUGGCAGUAUGAGGACUUCGUCUGGGGUCUCUAUCUGAACAAGUACAUUUUCCGGGGCGCGGAUGCAUCUACCCCUCUGUGGUACUAUGUGAAAUGCUUGGAACAAGCCGGAUUUGAGAUCAAGAGUGUUGAUACCGUUGGCGUCCACUAUUCCGGAACACUCUGGAGAUGGUAUCGGAAUUGGCUCGGCAAUGCUGACGCAGUUAAGGCCAAGUAUGGUCAGCGGUGGUAUAGAAUUUGGGAGCUAUUCCUGGCUUGGUCCGUCAUUGCUUCUCGCCAAGGUAGCGCCACUUGUUUCCAGAUCCUUGUCGUCAAGAAUCUGAACUCGACCCAUCGCAUCAACGGUGUUCCAUCUCAGUAUGGUCUCUCCGGUGCUCUCAGUGAGAGCAGAAAGGCUGGCAAGUCAAGGAUGCCAUAGGGUCGAUAUUAGCCUAUUCCUGAGAGCAAAAAUAGAAAGGGCUCGCCAUUCUCCCAAGAGAAGUUGAUUUAGUGCUUAGGACGUGGCCUUCUUACGAUAUUGGGGUAUGCACAUAUGCUCAGUAGGAUACCUACCAUAUGAACGGGGUCCUAGGAGUUAAGUUUUCAUUAGCUUGAUGAGUAACGUCACAAAAGUUUACAUGGGUAGGAGUAUGUAUACAAGUUC